UCUAAACAAGAUCAUUUCAAAAAUUGCUCAAAAUCGGUAUCGAAACGUUCCGAACGCGCCAGUAGGAAAUCUUGGAAAGUUUUGUGUCUGCGGACGAGAUUUUGAGAAGAGUUCAAAAGCAGGAAGUCCGAGAAGCAGUAGUGCUGGUCCGCGAUUCGUCGCUGAUACGAGUCUCGCAAGUCAGCGGAAAGAUGUACACCAAGAUGGACGCAAUUAGGUGAAGGAUAGCUCGAGGAGGCGGCGGCGGCGGGGCGGCAGCGGCGUGAUCGAGUGAUCAGUGAUGGCGCAGAUGGUCCAGUGACGCGCGGAGUCCGCGAAGAGUCCGGAUGUUCGUUUGCCGUGAUCGUCGUCGUCGUCGUCGCCGUGAGCGCGUGGGACCCGUCGAGGAUGUCGCGCCGCGAUCCCGACAAUCUGAUGAUGAACGCGAGCGAUGACGAUAGCUUCGACUACUUGUUCAAGAUCGUGCUGAUCGGGGACUGCGGCACGGGGAAGACGUGCGUGGUGCAGCGAUUCAGGUCCGGCACGUUCGUCGAGCGCCACGGGAGCACCAUCGGCGUCGACUUCUCCAUGAAAACCGUGCUGAUCGACGGCAAGAGAGUCAAGUUGCAAAUAUGGGAUACCGCUGGGCAAGAGAGGUUCCGAACAAUAACGCAGAGUUAUUAUAGAUCCGCAAACGGGGUAAUCUUAGUUUACGAUAUUUCAAAGCGAUCGACAUUCUUAAGUUUGCAACGCUGGGUGGAGGAAGUGCGGAGGUACGCGUCGUCGCAUGUGUUAUUAGUAUUAGUCGGUAAUAAGUGCGAUCUGGGUGAUCUGCGUGAGGUGAAGAAGGCCGAGGCCGAGGCCCUGUGCGAGUAUCUGCCCGAGGUUCUGCACGUGGUGGAGACCUCGGCCAAGGACAACACUAACGUAGACUCCAUCUUUUUCUACCUAGCGUCCGAGCUCAAGCGACGGCACGACAACCGCCAGAUCAGCGCGAGCGAUGAUGACGUGGUGAAGCUCGGGGUCGGGCGAGACCUGUCCUCCUGCUCGGGCUGUUCGUACAAGAUAUUCUGAGAAGUGGUCGCGAUAAUUUUCUCUAUCGGCAACUCUGGGUGACUGAGAUAUUAUUUACGUAUGCCGUAACGGCGAUAAGAUAAAAGGCAGUCAAUGAAAACGUAUGCGCGCGACGUUUCUCAGUUCUAUUGCGUCGCAAAGUUUUACAAAAUUUCUUGAAACGUUAGCACUAAGAACGCGAGCUUUGGAUUGAAGAUGAUAAGCUACUACGAGGCGAACGAUCUGCGUGGAAAAUCUCACGAUUUUUUACACACGGAAGUUGCUACCUUUUAUCUUAUUAUGGCGCAGCACGAAGCGAUGAUUUUCUGAUUAGAGGGUGAUCAGUGUUAUUUUAUCGAGACGGAAGGGGGGUAUUUUUAUACACGCCAGGUUCGGCAUAUUUUUCUACUGCGCGUGAAACCCUAGAAUCUGAAGAAGUGAAUCGAGAAAUUAGCGAUAUAUUUAAAUUAGAGCAACUUAUUUCCGCUCGGAAAGCCUGUUAUUCCGCAAAGAGUACGUUUGUAUAUUUUUGUAUGAGAUUUAGGCAUGUAGAAACACGCGAGCGUCGCACCCCGCUCACACACACACACACACACACACACACACACAUUGAUACUGUACAAGUACUGCAGCGACCUGAAGAGAUCCCAGAUACCCUGGUGCCUUAAGAAUUUUUCUAAGCUUGGAAAAUCUCAUGUUUUCACAUAACUAGCAUCGCGGCGAUUGAGAAAAUUCAGCAUUCACAUCGCGAGUGGUAACUUAAUUUCUUUUUUAUUUAUUUUAUUUAUUUGCGAAUGCGAGGUCUGGUCUCUCGGUUACCAAACUCGUUCGCAUCAUCAAGUUGUAAAUACUGUCCCUUAGUAGCAUUCUUAUUGCACAUUUUGCGCUAGAGAUGACUCGGAAAGAGAAUUAGUCUUCUUAGUUUGAAUCGUUGUAAACAAUAGAAUUAAAAAGAGAAACGCACUAUCGCAUUUAGCGCUAAAAGCGCAGUGAGAAUGCAGACAUAGAGCGCGUCUCGUGCGAACAAACGUAACGAAUCUCUACACUAUCGCUUAUAAAAAUAAUCAUCAUAUUUUGUAAUAUUAUUAUUACUUUUUACACAUGUGUUGCACGUAAACGUAUGAAUCUCAAAGCACUUUUCGUUGCGAAUUCAAAUUUCAUCCUUGUAGAGGCGUCCGCAUACGUAAUCCACGAUACGUAAAAUCCCUGCUCAUUUAUGCUCGGUUGGUUCCCGCGAAAAGUGGUUUCGCAGAUUGCGAUCCUUGCUGAUUCGCGAGCGGACCGCGGUGGGAAUUCUUCCGAGGAGUAGAAAUCUCCUAGAUAACGGAAGCAAUACAUAUCGAUUUCUUCCAGUACUAUUAAUUGAAUGACCGCGCGACUGAAUUGCAGAGAAAUCACCGUGACACAAAGCUCGCAUGUCUUAACGUGGCAAAUAACGCGAAAUAAUACUUAUGAUGAAUCAUCAUGGUCAUGUAUAAAAAUCACGUGAGAUGAAUCACGAAUCUACUUACUGUAUACAAAUAGUUGAAAAAUAUAUUUUUCUCUAGAA